ACUUUCAACCCUCGAAUAAAAACUGCAGCCAGCUUCCGAGGCAGCCUCAUUGCCCAGCGGACCCCAGCCUCUGCCAGGUUCGGUCCGCCCUCCUCACCGGCCCCUGCCCCGCGCCCCCGGGAUCCUCCAGCUCCUCUCGUCUGCGCCCUCGGUUCGCUCUGGACACCAUGGACAAGCUUUGGUGGCGCGCAGCCUGGGGACUCUGCCUCGUGCAGCUGAGCCUGGCGCAGAUCGAUUUGAAUAUAACCUGCCGCUUCGAAGGUGUAUACCACGUGGAGAAAAAUGGUCGCUACAGCAUCUCUCGGACGGAGGCAGCUGACCUCUGCAAGGCUUUCAAUAGCACCUUGCCCACAAUGGCCCAGAUGGAGAAAGCUCUGAGCAGCGGGUUUGAGACCUGCAGGUAUGGGUUCAUAGAAGGGCACGUGGUGAUUCCCCGGAUCCACCCCAACUCCAUCUGUGCAGCAAACAACACAGGGGUGUACAUUCUCACGUCUAACACCUCCCAGUAUGACACAUAUUGCUUCAAUGCUUCAGCUCCACCUGGAGAAGAUUGUGCAUCAGUCACAGACCUGCCCAAUGCCUUUGAGGGACGAAUUACCAUAACUAUUGUUAACCGAGACGGCACCCGCUAUGUCAAGAAAGGAGAAUACAGAACGAAUCCUGAGGACAUCAACCCCAGCAGCCCUACUGAUGACGACGUAAGCAGUGGAUCCUCCAGUGAAAGGAGCAGCACUUCAGGAGGUUACAUCUUUUAUAACUACUUUUCAACUUCACCACCCAUCCCAGAUGACGACGGUCCCUGGAUCACCGACAGCACAGACAGAACCCCUGCUACCACUUUGAUGAGCACUAGUGCCACAGCAACUGAGACAGCAACCAAGAGGCAAGAAAUCCAGGAUUGGUUUUCAUGGUGGUUUCCACCGUCAGAGUCCAAGAAUCAUCACACAACAACACAAAUGGCUGGUACGUCUUCAAAUACCAUCUCAGCAGGCUGGGAGCCAAAUGAAGAAAAUGAAGAUGAAAGAGACAGACACCUCAGUUUUUCUGGAUCAGGCAUUGAUGAUGAUGAAGAUUUUAUCUCCAGCACCAUUUCAACCACACCACGGGUUUUUGACCACACAAAACAGAACCAGGAUUGGACCCAGUGGAACCCAAGCCAUUCAAAUCCAGAAGUGCCACUUGAGACAACCACAAGGAUGACUGCAGAUGUAGACAGAAAUGGCACUACUGCUCAUGAAGGAAACUGGAACCAGGAAGCACACCCUCCCCUCAUUCACUAUGAGCAUCACGAGGAAGAAGAGAUUCCACAUUCUACAAGCACAAUCCAGGCAACUCCUAGUAGUACAAAUGAAGAAACGGCUACCCAGAAGGAACACUGGUUUGGCAACAGAUGGCAUGAGGGAUAUCUCCAAACGCCUGGAGAAGACUCCCAUUCAACAACAGGGAAAGCUGCCUCAGCCCACACCAGGCAUCCAACGCAAGGAACGACAACAUUGAGCCCAGAGGACAGUUCCUGGACCGAUUUCUUCGACCCAGUCUCACAUCCUAUGGGACGAGGUCAUCAAGCAGGAAGAAGGAUGGAUAUGGAUUCCAGUCAUAGUACAACGCUUCAGCCUACUACAGAUCCAAAUACAGGUUUGGUGGAAGACUUGGACAGGACAGGACCUCUUCCAAUGACAACGCAGCAGAGUAAUUCUCAGAGCUUCUCUACAUCACAUGAAGGCUUGGAAGAAGAUAAAGACCAUCCAACAACUUCUACUCUGACAUCAAGCAAUAGAAAUGAUGUCAGAGGUGGAAGAAGAGACUCAAGUCAUUUUGAACCCUCAACUACUUUACUGGAAGGUUACACCUCUCCUUACCCAGACCCGAAGGAAAGCAGGACCUUCAUCCCAGGGACCCCAGCUGAGACUGGGUCCUUUGGAGUUACUGAUGUUACUGUUGGAGAUUCCAACUCUAAUGUCAAUCACUCCUUAUCAGGAGACCAAGGUGCAUUCGACCCCAGGGGGGACUCCCAUACCACUCAUGGAUCUGAAUCAGCUGGACAUUCACAUGGGAGUCAAGAAGGUGGGGCAAACACAACCUCCGGUCCUUUAAGGACACCCCAAAUUCCAGAAUGGCUGAUCAUCUUGGCAUCCCUCUUGGCCUUGGCUUUGAUUCUUGCAGUUUGCAUUGCAGUCAACAGUCGAAGAAGGUGUGGGCAGAAGAAAAAGCUGGUGAUCAACAAUGGCAAUGGAGCUGUGGAGGACAGAAAGUCAAGUGGACUCAAUGGAGAGGCCAGCAAGUCUCAGGAAAUGGUGCAUUUGGUGAACAAGGAGUCCUCAGAAACUCCAGACCAGUUUAUGACAGCUGAUGAGACGAGGAACCUGCAGAAUGUGGACAUGAAGAUUGGGGUGUAACACCUACGCCAUUAUCUUGGAAAGAAACAACCGUUGGAAACAUAACCAUUACAGGGAGCUGGGACACUUAACAGAUGCAAUGUGCUACUGAUUGUUUCAUUGGGAAUUUUUUUUUUAGCAUAAAAUUUUCUACUCCUUAUUGUUUUUUUGUGUUUUGUUCUUUAAAGUCAGGUCCAAUUUUUGAAAACAGCAUUGCUUUCUGAAAUUAGGGUCCAAUUAAUAAUCAGCAAGAAUUUGACCGUUCCAGUUCCCACAUGGAGGCCUUUCAUUUCUUGGGUGUGCUAUGGAUGGCUUCUAACACAAGCCACACGUACGUAGUCCUGAUCCCCAACCUUUCCCCCAUCAGCUAAGGACAUUCCCCAUGGCUAAGAGGGCCUGGUCCCUGGAAGGAAAUUUGAAUGGGUCCAUUUUGCCCUUCUAGCAGCCCAAUCCCUGGGCAUUGCUUUACAGUGAGGUAGGGGGGUGGGAUGUACUGGUUACACAUCUGCUUAAACAGACCCUCCUGGAAAUUUUUCAGAUGCUUUUGGGAGACACCCAAAGGGUGAAGCUAUUUAUCUGUAGUAAACUAUUUAUCUGUGUUUUUGAAAUAUUAAACCCUGGAGGUCCUUUGAUCAGUAUAAUUUUUUAAAGUUACUUUGUCAGAAGCACAAAAGGGUUAAAACUGAUUCAUAAUAAACAUCUGUACUUCUUCCAUCUUAAUCUUUUGUGCUGUGUUCCUUCAGUUUCUAACCAGCACUGUCUGGGUCUCUACUACUUAUUAGGAAGAGCUGAGAAUGGUAAAGACGAUUCUUUUGAAAUCUUUAUCUCAGAGACCCUGAGUUCCCACUCAGACCUACUCAGCCAAAUCUCAUGGAAGAUCAAGGAAGGCAGCACUGUUUUGUUUCUGACGCUGUCCAAAGGUUUUCUAUCCUGUCUUGGAAUCAGAAUUGUAAGCUGAGGAGCUUCAGCCUCUUUUAUGGUUUAAUGGCCAUCUGUUUUCUCCUGCAAAGUCACAUUAAGUUUGCAUGUCCUGGGGCCCUAUGUCAUAGAUGCUGGCCCUAUUAGUGAUUUCCAAAAGCAAUAUGGAAGUGCCUUUCAAUGUCUUAUAAUAAGAUGAGGAGCCAGUGGAAAUGAAAGAGAUUGGCAAGGGGAGAAGAGGAUGCAGUGUAGAUCCUGUUUGACAUUUUUAUGGCUGUAUUUGUAAAUAACACACGAGUGUCUGUUCUUGAUGCAGUUGCUAUUUAGGAGGAGUUAAGUGCCUGGGGAGUCCCUCGAAAGGUUACAAGGAUUCCCAUCAUUGGAAUCUUAUCACCAGAUAGGCAAGUUUAUGACCAAACAAGAGAGUCCUGGCUUUAUCCUCUAACCCCAUAUUUUCUCCCACUUUGCAAGUCCAUUGUGGCAUUUAUUCAUCCAUCGGGGUGUCCGAUUGGUCCUAGAACUUCCAAAGCCUGCUUGUAAUAGAAGCCAUUGCAUCUAUAAAGCAAGGAUCCUAUUAAAUAGUAUCUUCUUUCUCAGGCCCCCACAAAAAGUCAUUUGUUACCUAAACUUAUAUGCUUAACAGGCAAUGCUUCUCAGACCACAAAGCAGAAAGAAAAGCUCCCAAGUAAAUCAGGGCUGCGCUUAGACAGAAGAAUAUCUUUAAAGGAGAGAUACCAACUUCCUGCACUAUUCCCAGCCUCUGCUCCUCCUCCUCUGUCUACCCUCUUCACCCGCCCCCCUUCGUUUCACCCCAUAAUCUUGAAAAACUUCCUUUCUCUCCUAUGAACAUCACUGACCAGUUCCAUAUUCAGUGGUCUGGCUUUCUUCUUAUUUUCUUUUCAACUUGAAAGAAACUGGACAUUAAGCCACUAUGUGUUGUUACUGCCACUAGUGUUCAAGUGCCCCUUGUUUUCCCAGAGAUUUCCUGGGUCUGCCAGAGGCCCAGACAGACUCACUCAAGCUCUUUAACCGAAAUGCAGCAAGCCACUCUGGGACAAGGUUCAGAAUGCUUACACCAGCCUCUACCUGUCCCCCUGGGAGACAGGGAUAGUGACACAAAUGUCAUAGCCACCCCUUCUAGACAUUCCCAACAAAUAGGCUGAGACAGGAGUCCCAGCCUAUUUUGUAGUCCCACACUUGGAUAUACCUCUGUUUUUCAGAUAGAAAUAAGGGAGUUCUAGAGCUUCUAUUCCUUGGCCACUGUCAAUGGAGAGCUUCCCAAGUCUUUGCAAACCCUCGCAACAUUUCCUGAAGUUUAUGGAAUAAGAUGUGUUCUCACUCCCUUGACCUCAAGGGCAUAACUGUGGAAGCACAGCUUGACUACGUGUCAUUUUCACCAAUGAUUUUCCAGGUGAACUGGGCUAAGUCAUUAAACUGGGUCUCGUUUAUAACAGUUAGAGGCCAACAUUUAGUUAUUUGCAAAGCAACCUAAGAGCUUAAGAUGUAAUUUUUCCUGCAAUUGUAAAUCUUUUAUGUCUCCUGAGGGCUUCCCUUAGCUCUGAGUGCAAAAUUGAAUGAGACAAAAGACACCUUCAAGUCCAUAUUUCAAGCCUGGUAGAACUGGCUUUUCUAGCAGAACCUUUCAAAAAGUUUUACAUUGAGAUUCAUAACAAGACCAAGAAUCGAUUUUGUAGCCAACAUUCAUUCAAUACUGUUACAUCAGAGGAAUAGGCAAGAGGAAACGUUUGACUUCUCUGGAAACGCAAAAUGUACUUAAGAACAAGAAUAACAUGGUCAAUUCACCUUUAUGUCAUAGGUAUGCCUUUGUGUAAAUCAUUUGCUUUGAGUUUUCAAAGAAUAGCUCAUUGUUCAUUCUCGUACUGUACAAUGACCACUGUUAUUGCUACUUUGACUUUUCAGAGCACACCCUUCCUCUGGUUUUUGUAUAUUUAUUGAUGGAUCAAUAAUAAUGAGGAAAGCAUGAUAUGUAUAUUGCUGAGUUGAAAGCACUUAUUGGAAAAUAUUAAAAGGCUAACAUUAAAAGACUAAUGGAAAUGGA